AUGAAGGGUGUAGCCCUCGUCACUGGGGCAGCUAGCGGUAUCGGCGAAGACUGCGCUAAAUCCUUCUUGGAGGAAGGCUGUGUCGGUGUCAUCUUCGCUGACAUUGAUCUUGCUCGAGCUGAGGCGGCGGCAAAAAGUGCCUCCGCUGCCUUGGGUUCGAUCACGUCCGGGAGAACAUUAGCAGCGCUAAAAGUAGAUGUUUCAGACUCGACCAGCGUGGAUAGCAUGGUGUCUAAAGCGGUAGGCAUCUUUGGCCGGAUCGACUAUUGCGUACACAGCGCGGGUGUGGGUGCACAGGAGUCUUCAUCAGUACUGGAUAUGUCAUCCACCGAGUUUGAGAACUCCCAAGCUAUUAACGUGAGAGGUUCUUUCAAUGUCAUCAAGGCCGUGAGCCGGCAAAUGAUCACACAGACGCCGCUUACUGAAACGACGCGAAGAGGCGAGAAGAUCUCGCGAGGAUCGAUUGUGGCUUUGGCAUCCGCCCACUCAUUCAUGGCAACAAGAAACCUAUCUCAGUACACUACUUCGAAGCAUGCCGUGCUGGGACUCGUACGUAGCGCUGCUUUGGAUCUCGCAACCCAUGGGAUCCGCGUCAACGCCGUUUGCCCAGGAUGGGUUGAUACUCCCAUGGUAUCGAAAGCCACACGCGGCAUCCCUGAAAUUCGAACCUACAUUGAGAAGCUAGUACCCUUCGGCAGAAUGGCCGAGACGGAGGAAGUUUCCGAAGUCGUACUUUUCCUGUCAAGCUCACGUGCUUCCUUUGUAACGGGCGCGGCAUGGGUAGUAGACGGCGGGCUAACACAAGAGCAAGGACCCAUCACUCAAUUUCCCGCGGCCGACCUUCGGCCUACAAAGCGGUUCAUCACGACACACAACGCUGAACGCAAGGCUGUUUUCCUCGCAGACGAUUCAGGGGAUCACCACAAGAUCCUGGUCAAUGGGAAUGCCGCCGCCAACAUAAUAUACAGCACACAAGGCGCCCAAGUAGACCUCAAUGACGAAAAAGACGUUGCCUUUGCGAAAGCCAAUGAGCCGCCUAUCCAUGUGCGCAGCGGCAGCGUUGCUCGCUUGAUCGACUUUGCUCCCGGCAUGGAGAGCCCCAUCCAUCGCGCCAUGAGCAUCGAUUAUGGAGUUGUUAUUGAGGGAGAAUUCCUCCUCACACUCGACAGUGGGGAGAGUCGACGAAUGCUGCCAGGUGACUGUUCUGUGAACCGCGGCGGGAAUCACAAGUGGAAGAACUUGGACGAGAAGAAGAGCGGCCGAAUGCUGUUUAUUCUGCUUGAUGUUGCCCCUCUCUACGUUGGUGGUCAGUUGAUGGAAGAAGACUUGGGGGAGAUGGCUGGCGACUAUGCCCCUCAUCCGGAAUAG